AUGUCAUCGUUAUCUUCUAUUAUUGAAAUAUAUUCUGAGAAACAUAAGAAAUUCACAGAUCCUGAUCUAUGUAAGCUUCUGUGUAAUUAUUAUACCUCAUCGGAUGUCGUCAAUGAUUAUCAACAAGCCGUCAAACAACUUGAUAUAGAACCGUUAAAUGAAAAUUAUCAAUGGUUAUUAUUUACGGGUUUUCAUGUACUUACCAGUUCUGCUUUUUAUAAUGAUGAACUUCGCGAUAAACUUUGUCAUUUUUGGUUACCAAAAUAUGAAUCUAUGCUUAAAGAAUUAUUACCAAUUGAAGCAACUAAAAUAAAACAAAAAGAUACUGAUCAUUUACAACUAAAUGCAAUUAAAUAUUUAAUUACAAAUAUGAUUACUAUGCAACAAACAUUAGAAAGUUUAAUUCAUCUUCUUAAAACAUAUGGACAAUUUCAAAAUUUUUCACAAAAAGAUGAAUAUUUAUCUAUUAUUAAAUUAAUUUCACCAUUGUUAAUCAAUGAACAUUUUCUUGAAAGUAUUAAAAAUGAUGAUUAUACGAAUAUUAAAUUCAAAUGGAAAGCAAAUGAUCCUUUAAAUACUACAGAUGAAGAUUGUCUAACAGCUAUUAAAUAUAAUACAAAUGUGAAAGAAGUAUUAUUAAAAUCAAUGAGACAAAUUAAAGAUAAUCAUCCAAUAAAAAUUCCUGCCUAUGCUGUUUUGACUUUGUUGAUCAAUGAAGAUGAUAUUAAAAACGAAAUCAAUGAUCCAAAUCAAAUUAUUUCGGUAUUAGUUGAUAAUGCAAAUCAAACUGUUGACAAUGAUGAAUCUUCUCAAUUUUCAAGCAAUGGAGUAUAUAUUAUAGAUCUUAUGAUAGCAUUAAAAGCAUUUUUACAACACGAUCAAGUGAAAAAUGGAUUCAUUGAAAACCAGGGUUUAGAAACAUUAAUGGACUUAUCAAAUGGAGUUUUAGAACCUCCACCAGAUCUCACUGUUUUCGUCGAUUUUGAAGCUGAAAUAAAACUUCAACUACAACUGGAAUUAGAACAUCAACAAGAACUUGAAGCUGACCCAAAACUUUCAAAAAUAUAUACACAAAUUAAAGAAAAUUUCAAAACUGAUGUACAAGAACUUUCAAAAUACAUGGGAUUAUUGGCAUUAGAAUGUCUUUUUGUAAUGUCAUUUAAUAAGAAAGCAUCCGAAAUAUUAAAAAAAGAUGAAUAUUUUAUGUCUCAAAUUCGAAAAUUUGCUAAUGAUAAUAAUUUGAUAAAAACAAAUGAACGUUUGAAAAAAACAAUAGAUGGUUUAUUAUGGAAAGUAGAAAAUGAAGAUGAAUUUAAAAAGCAACAAGAAACAUCUAUGAUCAAACAGAAUAAUGAAUUUGAUUUGAUGAUUAGUUAUAGUUGGCAUGAUAAACCAUUAGUACGUCAAAUUUAUAAAUAUUUAACAGAACAAUUUAAUUAUCGAAUAUGGUUAGAUGAAAAUCAAAUGAGCGGUUCUCUAUGUCAAGCAAUGGCACAAGCAGUAGAAAAAUCUAAAUUCGUUCUUAUGUGUAUGUCAGAAACGUAUAAAACAAGUGAAAAUUGUCGAAAUGAAGCUGAAUAUGCUCGUGAUAGAAAAAAAACAAUUAUUCCAUUGAUUGUUCGAAAUGUUGAACGUGAUGGUUGGCUUGGAUUUAUAUCUGCUGGGAAAAUGUAUAUUGACUUUAUGAACCAAGAUUUUGACAAAGCCAUUAAUUUAUUACAAGCUGAAAUUGAACGACAUGAACAUAAUAAAGAAGAAAAUAUUCAACAACAUAAACCAAAAGAAAUAAAUUCGUCUGUUGCUGUUCCUAUACCAAAAGCAAUCACUGCAUCUGUUCCGAUAGCAACGAAAUUACCUGUUCGUCCGACUGUGAUAUCUAAUGAUUAUAAAAAAAUUCCUUUAGAAUCAUGGUCUGAACAACAUGUUCAGGAUUUUCUUUAUGAUAACAAAUUAGAUAUGAUGAUUUUAUUAACUGAAAAUAUGAAUGGUGAACAACUUUAUUUAUUAUUCGAAAAAUGUCAACGAGAACACGAUUGUUGGGCUACAUUUGAUCGUCUCAAUGGAGAACUAAAAGAACGACAUCAAGAGACACUUCAAAUAUCGCUUUACUUAAGAUUUGUAAAUCUUACACAGAAAUAUACUAAUGUAUUAUCAUUUUAA